AUGGCAAACGGCACAACAGACGUCACACACUGCGACACGAAUAACAGGAUAGAACAUAGCGAUCAGGAUCAAAGCGAAAAGAAAUAUAAACACAGUCUACCUAGCAAACAACCACACGAACCCCUAGAACCAAAUGAGACAGACGAAUUUUCAUACAGAAAUAAACCUGAAAUUAAGGAAGCGACUAAUGCUCAAUUCAACGAUCCAGACGAAACUAAUUGGCAUGAACCACCAAAUUUCAUCCAGUCUCUUUCUAGAACAAAUACAAAUAAUUGCCUGCGGCCAAAUCGUUCAAACCGUCGCCCUCCGGACUGGCUCAAAUAUUUGGACCUAGUCAACCAAAUAACCAGAACCAGUACGUAA